AAUCAAGUCGCUGGUUAACUUCGCGGUGUGUGCAUUGUGCGGAUUUUUUAGAUAAGAGUUGAUAUUUAAGCAAUCGAUUAGCACGUCUAGUCGCCUCACAAAUAGUUGUAUUCAUGACCUUCUGAAUUGUGUUAGCUACUAGCCAUUAACAAAUAGUGUUUGUAAAUUUCCAUAGAGUGCAUGAAUCAUUUAAGUGACCAGAUUGUCUGAUAAAGCAAAGAGUGGACAAGAAAGAGUAUUAGUGGUGUAGGGGCUUGGUCUUUUCAAGUGAAGCCCAUACUAUCUAUUGAAGCGUUUCGAUAAGGCUGGUUGCGGCUGUGUUGGAAAUUCCUUUAGCCUGUAACUCACUUCCGGUUUGGUGUCGAUUGUGUUACGAAGAAGUCAACUUUCGAUGACUAGCAGCGCUGGAAGAGAUCACAUCCGUUCAGUUCCCCCGUCCGCGUCCCGUAGUCAACAUUAUUAGAGCAAACCAAUCGAGAAUGCCAUUAGCAAACUCGGUGGACCCAUGGAGAGAGAAAGUCCCACACAAUAUCGGCGGUACCGAGUCAUCAUCGCAGGACAAUGUCGAGAUGGUUGUUGAUGAAAGCUACGAUGCGCUGCUCGGUCAACAGCCACCGCAGCUCGAUCCCGGGGGGCAGCUGCAUCAACACAAUCAGUAUCAGCAGCUGUGUUCCAGUGGCAUGGAUGUCGAAGCAAUGGACCUGGACUCGACGGAAAUGGCAAUGAUGAAAUCCGGCGAUGAACAAGAAUAUGACAUUCGGGAUGUUGUGCGCGAAGGUCACGAGAAAGCUGAUCCAUCUCAGUUUGAGCUGCUCAAAGUACUCGGGGAAGGUUCGUUUGGAAAAGUAUUCUUAGUUAGGAAAAUUGUCGGCAAAGACGCUGGUACACUAUACGCAAUGAAAGUAUUAAAAAAGGCCACAUUGAAAGUAAAGGAUCGGGUUCGCAGUACCAACGAACGCAAUAUUUUGGCUGAUGUGGGUCAUGCAUUUAUUGUUAAGCUGCAUUAUGCCUUCCAAACCCCGGGAAAACUGUACCUUAUUUUGGACUUCCUACGUGGCGGCGAUUUGUUCACAAGAUUAAGUAAGGAAGUAAUGUUCACCGAGGAGGAUGUCAAGUUUUACUUAGCAGAAUUGGCGCUUGCCUUAAAUCAUUUGCAUAGUCUUGGUAUCAUAUACCGGGACUUGAAACCAGAAAAUAUUUUGCUGGAUCAGGAUGGUCACAUAGCUUUAACCGAUUUCGGACUAUCAAAACAACCGCUGGACGGUUCGAAAACGUAUAGUUUUUGUGGCACUGUCGAGUAUAUGGCUCCAGAAGUAGUCAACCGGAAAGGACAUACAUUCGCGGCAGAUUGGUGGUCUUUUGGUGUGCUUAUGUUUGAAAUGCUAACCGGAAACCUUCCUUUUCACGGUAGUAACCGGAACGACACAAUGAAUCAAAUUUUGAAAACGAAAUUGGGAAUGCCGGAGAACUUAAGUCCUGAGGCCCAAAGUUUGUUGAGAGCAUUGUUCAAGCGGAAUCCUCAGAAUCGGUUGGGAGUGGGUCCGAACGGAAUUGAAGAUAUCAAAAAGCAUGAGUUUUUUGCGAAUGUCGAUUGGGUUGCAUUUGAGAGGAAAGAUGUUCGACCUCCAUUCAUACCGGCUGUUUCUAGAGACGAUGCAUUUUACUUUGACUCGGAGUACACGAAUAAAUCCCCAAAGGAUUCGCCUGGUGGACCGGUCAGUGCAAGCGCGCAUGAAAUUUUCCGUGGUUUUAGUUUCGUAGCUCCAGGACUAUACGAUGAGACGCCGAAUUUUGCGAAUGGAAGUGGAAGUCUCAUGAAUCAACAGCCAGUAACUAGGUCACCGUUUUCGAACGAAAUCCCAGGCGUCAAACCAGGAGCCUUUGGUGAUGAGUACACACUGAUGCAGGAGUUGGGCCGAGGAACAUUCUCUAUCUGCAGACUCUGUGAAAGUCGGACUACGAAAAAGCAUUAUGCCGUUAAGAUUAUUGACAAAUCGAGCCAUGACUGCCGGGAGGAGGUAGAAAUCUUGUUACGUUAUGGAAAUCAUCCGAAUAUAGUUUCUUUAUAUGGUGUUCAUGAGGACGUCACCUACGUAUAUCUAGUGAUGGAAUUGCUGAAAGGAGGCGAACUGUUAGAUCGGAUUCUCGCCAUACAGUAUAUGAACGAGGUAGAAGCUAGCGCGGUGCUAAAAACAGUAGUUUCAGCCGUUGCGUAUCUACAUGAGCAUGGUGUAGUGCACCGAGAUCUGAAGCCUUCGAAUCUGCUAUACGCGUCGGUGAAUCAUACGCCAGAAUCUUUGAAACUGUGUGAUCUAGGCUUUGCCAAACAGCUACGAGCGGACAACGGGUUGCUGAUGACUCCGUGCUACACAGCAAACUUUGUGGCACCAGAAGUUCUGAAAAAACAGGGCUAUGAUUUGGCUUGCGACAUCUGGUCGCUUGGAGUAUUAUUGUACAUCAUGCUUGAUGGAAAGACGCCGUUCGCUAGCACGCCGAAUGACUCUCCGGAUAUGAUUUUGGCGAGAAUAGGAUCCGGGAAGGUGGAUUUGGAGACAGGGAAAUGGCCCAGUAUAUCUGAGGAAGUGAAAGAGCUGCUUCGACAGAUGCUACAUAUCGCCCCGCAGCGUAGGCCUACAGCGGCGCAGAUUCUGCGGCAUCCAUGGCUUUCUCGAUCCCGGCUGUUAUACAAUCAUCCCGGCUUGCAACACCAAGGGCAACAGACAGUUAUCGAUUCGGCAGCUGUUACGUCUUCGGCAACUGUGCCAACAAUUUGCGCCCAUUGCCCAGCAGACAAUACGGAGGCCAUCAAAGGUGCCGUUAACGCUACGUUCCGAGCUAUCUCUUCUCCCCAGGCAGCUAAUCUUGGACCGGUUGGAAUGUCAGAUUUGGCAAGGAGAAGAAAGGACAAGAUGAACAAUUCGUAAUUUCAACGAUUGCAGUUUAUGUAUGUGUGUGUGUUUGUAAGUUUGUUCAAAUGCGUGUAUGUAUGAUCCUAGUUGAGCCAUAUUUAGUAUAACUGUUGUAUGGUAUUGAGAAAAUAAUGUGUGUGGGGCAAUCCGGCUUAUUCCGGACAGUUGCGAGUUUUCGUCGAUCGAUUAAUUUGGAAUGGAAUUGGUCCUCACGCACUUUAUGCAUGUGUAUGAAAUCCUUCCAGAAAUAGUGUAAUGCGAAAGCUUUUUUAUCCAGCCCGUAUAAUGGGAUUGUUUUGUAAUCAAGAUAGAAACAGUUUUACAAACCUAACCAAAAUAUAUAUCAGAGCUGUACGUUUUUUAAUAUACAGGAAAAUGAGUUUUGAUCACAUAUUGUAAUAAAAUACAUUUUAGUUCCAUUUUGUUCCUUAUUACUUUGCAGACGUUAAGAUAUUUUGAUAUCUGGACUCAUAGUUUAUCGUAAGUUAAAACCCUUAUCACUACAUAGUACAAAAAUCGUUAUUCGGCAGCAAUUUAAACACGUUUUUAAAGGCUGUGCAAGUCCACUUGCAAGCAAAUUUUCACUUUAUGGUUUGGAAAAUCGAGACUAUUUUGCUGAUGUUCUGUAACUUUAUUAAAGUUUAUUUUUAUCCAAUGGUAAAAAAACUAAGCAAAAAAAUCAGUACAGCUCCCUAUAGCGUAUCUGUCUCAGACUCACUUAAAUAGUUUUUCAAAGAGAUUCUUAAACAGGUAACCAUCAGUACAAUCUAAACGGCACUUUUAUAAAGUGCUUGAUGCUAACAGGCAUCUGCUCUUCUGUAAAUUUGCAUGUUUCUGUCAGUUCUGAAAGGGUUUCAAUCGUGAUAUAUCCUUUCUAUUCAUUCGUUAUUCGGAGAAAAUAAUUCAUGCAAAACCCACUAAUAUAUUGUCGCUGUUACUUAUUGUGCAAAGGUUGUCCAUUAUAAAGCAACACAAAGCUGUCGAAAUUUUGUAUCGUUACUGUACCUACACUCUCUCUCGCAAUUCAUCGGCGCUGUUUGUGGAUGUGGAACGUCUUCGUUGCUUUUAUUAGAAUACGUAAAGAACAUUAUGAAAUAUUAGUAACUAGAAGUAAAUCACUAUACACAAAAUUUAAAGUUCAAUUAGUAUUUUAAUAUGGAAAAAUUAUCAGAGAAUACACUAUUGUGAAACUAUUAAACGAUAUUUGAAAAAAAAAACCAACCUAACGAACACUUGAAAGCUUCUCUAUCCUUUUUUCAGAUAUGUUUUCAAAUCACUAGAGUACACUAGCAAAAAAGAUAAACGAUAAAAUGAAACUACUGAAAAUUACUAUAUUUACAAUAAUAAAUGUGCCAUACACUGUGACUAAAUAGACAAGCAGAAAUUACGAGUCACACACCAAAAAAAAAAGCAUAAGAAAACUAAACAGAGUUGUUGAUUCGAGCGGGUGUUCACUUGCAAUCGGAACGUUUUCGAAUUAGUCAGCCGAGAUUGAUACAAAUCUAAUAGGUCAGGAUCUAGAUGUAUUUGAGCAUUCUUGAUAGUAUUUUGGAUUCGUACGUGACAUAUUUGAUUGGUAGAGGUAAUGAUUGUAGAAGUGAUAUGUGAUAGGCGUUAUUAUUUUAAGAUAGUAUGUGUUUUUGUUUGAGCCUACACCUUUUGAUGUGCAGUCGCUUGAUAUAACAAUGGAUUGAAUUUAGCAAAAAAACAAAACAAGAACCUUAACAAAACCUGCACACACAUGAUCUUCGCAUCACAGUUGGACUAUCAAAAAUCAAACCUUUAUCAAAAUUGUUAUAUGUAUAUUCAAUAUAGAUCAACCAAGCAACGUUGCCUGUAAUAAUGGUCGAGCGAUAUAUUUUAGAAUUUUCCGAGAUGUCGUAUAAAAGGGAUGUAUGGGGCAACAAGAAAUAUUUUUCAGUGUUUUUUUACUGAUUAUUUGAUAGAUUUUAUCAACAAUCCUCGAUUAAUACUUUGAGUGGGAUAAAACAAAACUCACUCAUUUUUUCUAGGUUACUGCUAGCUACUGCUUCUAGGUAAAGCUGGAUCAAAUCCAGUUGCAUUUUAGAUAUGAUUAUUAUAACAAAUGACCCUAUGUCAAAAGGUAUAGCCGCUAUUGUUUUUACUAAUUUUUGGUUAAUAUAUAUAUAUUACAUUGUUUCUUUUUGUCAUAAGUACUAUAAAACCUAGGAGAAGUAUUAUGUUUUAGUAUCUUUUAUGUUUAAUUGUUAAUACGUUAGAACGAAGCUUUGUUAUAUUUUUUUUAUCAGUGGAGGAAAUAUUUCAAUGCUAAGAAAAAGAAUAGUUUGUAUAUUUUUAUGUACUAGUGAGUAGCUGAAUUUAAUGUCAAUAAUUUAGCAUUAUUAUGAGCAGCACUUUGAAGAAUCGAUUCACACUCUUGUGUAUAAGGAAUCCGGACGAGAACAAAAAUAAAUCAGUUCCCAGUGCGGCAUAUUGAAACAAAAAACUAAUCAGCAACGUUAAUAAGUUUAAUGCGCAUUGCAAAGAAAAUAUAAAUA